AAGAGCAGCACUUACAGCGCAGGCGCAACAGGAGGGGAUUUCGCGCAUGCGCAGCUAACGUCACAUAUCACAUCAGCUGAUCAGCACCUGUCAACUAUCAAUACGAUACCGAUCGGCGACUAUUAAGAGAAUAAGGUUAGGUUCUUCACGUGGAUAUCGACGAGAGAAAGAAAGAAUGGACGAGGCAGUCACGACGAAGCCCACGUUUAAACGCACCUUCCCCCAGCGAAUCUACUGCGUGGAAUUGUCGCCAUACGAGUGGUCGCAGCAUUUGAUCGCCAUCGCCCUCUCCAAGGAAAUUGUCAUCUCUACUAUCAGGUUUCAGGAUGAAGAUGACACGGUGGAGGACAUGGUGCUCCAGCCUAUUAAGACGUUUCACCAUGAUAAUAGAACUCACGCAAUCGCAUGGAGCCCAGAAACCUCCUUGAGCGUCGUCCCCAAGAUUCUCAUGUUCUGCGUCGCUGGCGCGGAUUUUAAGAUAAGAUUGUACAAUAGCGAUUUAAAUGACACCAAUGUGUACGAAAUUUUAGAAGGUCACAAAGAUUAUACGAAUGCAAUUUCCUAUGAACCAGAGGGUGAAUUGCUAGCAUCGGUUUCCGAUGAUCAUACAUGUAAGUUGUGGGCAGUUAAAGAGGAUCAAAAGUGCGUGUCCACAUUUUUCUUGACAUCGCCUGGUACCAGUGUGUGUUGGCACAAUGAAGAAUCUGGCAAGCUUUUAGUAGCGGAAAAGAAUGGCUUAAUACGCAUGUACAAUGUCAGAAGUCAGCAAGCGAUUAUGUCUCUCGAUUCUGGGGCUGUCCCCUUGAUUGCGGCAGACUGGGCACCAAACCCUUUAAAAGUAGCAUCGAUGGCUGCCGGAGAACUAUUACUUUGGGACGUAUCUAGACCGAGCCGUCCCCUUGAAGAGCGAACGCUUCACCUGGAAGGUGGUUUAGAAGUGAAAUUCUCACACACGAAUGAAAAUCUGAUCGCGAGCAUCGGUUGGCCAGAUAACUUGUUGAAAGUCUUUAAUUUUAAAUCCAAACAGGUGAUAUUGUGUGGAAAGGUAAAGUUAUUCGGCGGCAUGACUUGGCAUUAUAAAUUGCCUUAUAUCUGUGCAGGAAGUGACAGAGACAUAUGUUUCUGGAGAGUGAAUGUAAAUUAAGAUACAUUAAACAUUUUAUAUUUAAAAAAAGGAAUCUCUUUUCAAUUUUUUAUAAGAAUUUUCAAUUUUUUAUAUAAUUUCAUUUAUACGU